AUGGGAAGAAAAGCUGGAAAUUUGUACAUAAACCCGAAAAAGCUUGGUGGUAUAGCGAAACCAUGUAUGCAGGAAAUGGUAGCGUUCUUGAACUGUAUGGCUUUUCAUCAAUGCAAAGACGAUAAAUGCGAGAAACAGAAGCAACUCUUGAGCGUUUGUAUGACGGGACAGGCGGAGAAGUCAAAGUCUUGGGGAAACAUCAACUACCAUUUGCAGAGGCUAACACGCGGAAGAAAGUGA